ACACUCGCUUGUUUCUCCUGAGUCCAGCCCACUGCCGCGGUGUGCUCAGCUGUAAUUAGCAGAAAGGCUGACAGGUCUUAUCUGAUUUCCUGGUCGGUGGCGGUGAAGAGACGCGAGAGUGAGUGACUGAGAGAGAGAGAGAGAGAGAGAGAGGGAGAAAGAGGGAGAAGGGAAGGGGAGGGGAGGUGAGCAGUGGACUCUACAGAGAGCCGCGACAGCAGGGACAAUAACAGGAAAACAGUGGGCUUGUGCUUGGGGCUCGGGGCUGGACUGAACUCUGCGUCCAGCGGGCAGCCCUGGACAUCCUCAUUUACUCUCACUCUGCUCUGGACUCUCACAGGUCUGUGGAAGACCAGUAGGACAGAGAGCCCACCGCAGCUGGACACUGGACACUGGACACUGGACACUGGACACUGGACACUGGACUCCUCCUGUGCCGUGGGAUUAUUACCUUCACAAACCUGCCGUGGACAUAUUUCACUAAAGAAGACUAAAUCACUAAAGAGAAACAUCCUCAGCUUCGAUGAUGAGGACAUCUGGUGGGGUGUGGGGUCUGCGUCUCCUAGUCGUGGCCCUGCUCCUCUGUGUGGCCCAGGCUCAGUAUGGGCCCCCGGGGCCUCCGGGCGCCGGCAGCUGGGACUGGAAACGCCUGUUCGCCAGCGAGGAAAAAGAAGUGACCGACCCACAGGAGAAAAUCGCCACGCUAAGCAAUAAAAAAUUCAACAAAGACACACAUAUGUACCGCAUUGAGGGAGAGGGAGCCAACACCAUUUUCCUUGUCAACGAUCAAGGAGACAUCUCUGUCAACGACAAACUGGAUCGGGAAAAGAAAAGCCUCUAUCAUCUCAAAGCCAGGCUAAUAGACAGAAGCACCAAUCGGGACGUUGAGGAGCCCUCAGACUUCUUAAUCCAAGUGCAGGACAUAAAUGACAACGCGCCGGUCUUUCAAGGGCCAUUUAAAGGAUCCAUACAGGAAAUGUCUGCCACGGGAACCAUGGUCAUGAAAGUCAACGCUACUGAUAAGGACGACCCUACGACCUCAAAUGGAAUGGUCCGUUAUAUGUUGCUAAAUGGAACAGAUCUCUUCACCAUCCAUGAAAAAGAGGGUGUCAUUAGGACGAAAGUGGCCAAUUUGGAUCGCGAGUCCAUCUCUGAGUAUAAGAUCAUAGUUCAAGCCAAAGACAUGCCUGGCCAACCCAACGGAAUCGUAUCCACGUCUACUAUAACAAUCAGUGUAACGGAUGUCAACGACAACUUAGCAACCUUUAAGAUGACACAGUAUGUCUUCAGAGUGAGUGAGGAUGUCAAGCCAGACUUUAAGAUCGGCACGGUUGAAGUCGAAGACAAAGAUGAGGAGCAGAACAAGAACCCAAAGUUCCGAAUCGAGGAGCGCAUCAUCAAUGAGUUACUUGACAUCAAACAGGACCAGCAUAAAAACGGAGUACUUUUCCUCAAACAACCCUUGGACUACGAGACGAAGAACAGCUACAGAUUCACAGUGUUUGUGACAGAGGACAUCGUGAAAUUCCCCGGACUGCAGCAAAACACAAAUGUCAAAAACAAAGCGGAGGUUCUCAUCACUGUGACGGAUGUCGACGAGCCGCCGGUCUUCAGUAAGCCAGAGUAUAACAUCAGCGUUCUGGAGGAAACGUUUCCGCAUGUCUUCCGAGAGGUUAUCAAGGCCAGGGAUCCAGAUCGAGACAAUCACCCUAUCAGGUACUCCAUUGAAGACAGCAGCUGUCCAGUGGAGAUUAAUCCGGUGGACGGGACACUGUCUCUGAAGACGAAACUGGACCGAGAGCUCACAGCUGUGCACAGGUGUCCGGUGACGGCUGAGGAAAACAUUCUAGAUGGAAAGAAAUCCUAUGUGAUGGUGAACUUGGUUGUUCAGGACAUCAAUGACAAUGCUCCCAAGUUAUUCAAUGGGGAGAUCUUCGUCUGUGAAUCUGAUAAGCGUGGGACGGUCAUCGGUAUCCUCAGUGCCACUGACAAAGAUGAAAUCAAGGGCAGGUUCACCUUCAGGCUGGCCAAACAAAGCCACAACUUCACCCUUACAGACAACAACGAUGGUAAGGCCACCCUGGGAGUGAAACAGGGGGGCUUCAGAACGGAAGACUCCGCCGAGCAUGUGAUUGAGAUCGAGGUGGGCGACGGCACCCUGAAGAGCAUCGAGCCGCUGCACAUCAGGGUGUGUCAGUGCAACGGCAACCGGACCGCCGAGUACUGCAAGCCUCACCGGCGGCAGGUCGGCGUCAGCGUUCACGCUCUCAUCACCAUCCUGCUCUGCAUCGUCACCAUCCUCGUCAUCGUGAUCCUGCUGGUGCUGCGCCGGCGGUACCAGAAGGACUCCCUGGUGGCCAUGGGCAAGUCUUCCGGCGAGAUCCACGAGCAGCUGGUCACGUACGACGAGGAGGGCGGCGGCGAGAUGGACACCAACGGCUACGACGUGUCCAUCCUCACCUCGGCGCGCCACGACGCCACCCUGCUCCCGGGCCCGGGCCUCUACGCCAUGGUGAAGAAGCCACAGGCCUGCAAGGGCGACAUGGCCGCCAUGAUCGAGGUCAAGAAGGACGAGGCGGACCACGACCGCGACGGCAUCCCCUACGACACGCUGCACAUCUACGGCUACGAGGGCCCCGGAUCUCUGGCCGGAAGCCUCAGCUCCCUCGGGUCGUCCUCGUCCGGUGACAGUAUGGACUACGACUUCCUCAACGACUGGGGCCCGCGCUUCCGAACCCUGGCAGAGCUUUACGGAGUGGACUGCUACCCCGGGGACUGCCCUUACUGAGGAGCCAGAUGCAUGUUCUUGAUGUUCCUGCUGAACUUCUGUUUUUUACUGCCCCCCCCCCCCCCCCCAUUUUAAAAGCCAUCCAGGGCUUUGGGGGCUGUUGGAUGAGAGGUCUCCACACACCGAGCUCUGGGGAUGGACCGGAACAAGAACAUUUUCUAGAACCUUUUGAAAAUGUGCCAAUGCUAUUUCGUGUCAGACAUUUUGGGAUGUGAUGAGCACACAGUUUUGUCUGAAAUUGUCAUUGUUAUCUUUGUUAUUCUUGGCCUAUUUGAUUUUCUUGGCCUGUUUUUUGUACAUUUGUAAUGGAACGUUUGCGCAAAAUUUGAGAACAUUUCCUAAAAUUCCGGUUAAUGUGCUUCUAAUUUGCUUAACAAAUCUGUAAACAUUUUAGGCUCUUUUAGUUGGAGCGAUUGCAACCCAAGUGGUUCUCUUAAGUUGUUCAAGUCAGUUUGAUAAAUGACAGCCAGUGUGAGGGAUUUGUUUUGCUUUGAUAAAGCUUCAUAGAAGUCAGAAUUCCUAUUUGCACAAUUCUGAUGAGUCUUAGACGGCAGCCAUGCUUAAAGGAAUGAAGCAACGAUGUGCCAAUUGAUUUUAUUGUUCAUCUGGUGGCUUUGGGUUCCAAAGAAAAUAAAACACACUAUUGUCCAGAGACUCAUGCAGGAAACGGAGAGAGCAAGGCUUUGACAGAAUUAAAGUCUAUCCACAGUUUAUUUGACAGGACUCAUCAACACAUCGAUUGUUGUCUGCAGGGUUUGAAAUCUCCGAGGUCCCCAGAUAUAAAAAUAUCACAGGCUACUCAGGAAACAUCGGCGCUGAACAAGGCUUGUCGAUGGCAGAGAUGACAACUGAAUAACUCUAACCUUUCAUCUCUGUGAAGCUAUACUGAAUACAGAAAAGCUUUUUCAAAAAAAAAAAGCCAACUCGAAGCCACAGCACAAUAAUUACACUCAGAAUACCACAACAAUGCAAUGCUCUUAUCAACAUAAACAAUUAACAUCACCGAACCCGUUCUUGCCCGUGAGACUAAACAGGGUAAAAUGAGUUUGGUCUUCUUGUUUUGUUUGGGGUCCUAUUCUGUUUUCUGAUGAUUUCCUUAAUGCCUAAGAGUUAGCGACUUGGGGGGAAGCUGUUCCAUAAACCACCAGUACAAUAUGUGGAAGCCACUGUUGCCCCCUUUCCUGCUGGGUGCUGCUCACUACACACUGCGCUACCGUCCUUCGCCGAGCGUCAGGCUGGGCCCCCCGUGCUUCCUCCACAUGUGGGCUUCAGGAAACUCACUUCCUGUCUCAUUAUCUUCUAGGCAGGGACACAUUGUGAGCAACUUCCUGUUUUCCCAUCUGGGGACAAACCUUGGGAGCAAGGGGGCAGUGGGAAAAACCUGAUAUCUCCACCACCUUGCUCAUUCUUCUUGGGGUCCUGAUAUAUCCACCACCUUGCUCAUUCUUCUUGGGGUCCUGAUGAUAUAUCCACCUCCUUUGUUCAUUCUUCUUGGGGUCCUGAUGAUAUAUCCACCACCUUGCUCAUUCUUCUUGGGGUUAUGUUAUGCCAAAGGUCAGAAUCGCUGGUCAUGUUUAAACCACACAUAGAUGACUUAGUCCCUCCUACAGUCCGUACAUGUGUAGCAUACAGCCCAUUGGUGAUAUGUUUACUGGACGACUACAUGGACUGAUCAUUUGUACCAAUCCUAAAAACAAUGUUGAUUGUCUGGGACAGCUUCUAACCAAUGGCAAGGCUUCUUCUUGGAGUAUUGUCCAUAAUGUAAUCUUGUUCCAUUCUCAUUCAUAAAUCACAGAACAGAUUCAUAUCUGAGCCAGUAAAUUCAAUCCUUUUUCAUUCACACACACACACCACACACACACACACGCACACGCACACGCACACGCACACAUGCACACGCACACG